AUGGCUGCUGUCGAAGAGAUACAAUGCGAACCUAAUAAUAGGAAGAGGAUCGUGGUUGUCGGGCUGGGAAUGGUUGGAAUCUCGUUCAUUGAAAAACUUCUGAAAUUAGAUGCAAAGAGAAGGGAGUAUGAUAUUGUUGUCAUCGGGGAAGAACCUCAUCUAGCCUACAACCGAGUUGGCCUUAGCAGCUACUUCCAGCACCGAGAUGUGGAGCGACUGUACAUGAAUCCAGAGGAAUGGUACACUUCGAUGCCAAACGGAUCGCUCAAUUACCACAUAAAUACAGCGGUCACAGGGAUCGAUUCAGACAACAAAACAAUAACAACAGCCACAGGCGACAAAUUCAGUUAUCAUGAGUUGGUUCUAGCCACAGGAUCCACGGCGAUCCUUCCACGCAUGCCCGGAUACGAUGCUACGGGCGUUUUCGUUUAUCGCACUAUUGAGGAUCUUCAGAACCUCAUUUCAUUUUCCGCCGCAAAGAAGGGCACAGGCCAAAAUGGAGUUGUGAUCGGCGGAGGACUUCUUGGCCUGGAGGCUGCAAAGGCAAUGCUGGAUUUGGAGGUGUAUGACAAAAUCACCGUCAUCGAAGCGAUGCCUUACGUGCUUGGUCGCCAGCUUGACAAAGAUUCGGGAAUGAUGGUUGUCGAACAAGUGAAAGGCUUGGGGGUUGAAGUGGUCCUAGGAAAGAUGGUCGGCAAACUCACUACUGCUGAGGACGGCAGCGUCACCGGCGUCGAGUUUAAAGACGGGAGUAUAGUGGAAGGUUCUUGCGUAUGUUUUGCAAUUGGUGUCAGAGCUAGGGACGACCUGGCUAAAAAGUCUGGCCUUCAAUGCCAUGAACGAGGUGGAAUUCUGGUUGGCGACGACCUGCAAACCACAGCGAAGGAUGUUUACGCAAUUGGCGAGUGUGCGAAUUGGAAGAAUAUGUGCUACGGUUUGGUCGGUCCUGGAUAUGAGAUGGCCGACCUUCUUGCUUUCAAUUUGACAGAGGGAAGGAUUCAUCACCAACCGAGAUCCUUCACUGACCCUGAUAUGAGCACCAAGUUGAAACUUUUGGGGGUCGAUGUUGCCAGCUUUGGAGAUCCCUUUGCCGACGUCUUUGGCCCUAAGUGGUUGCCAGAUGGAACGUCUGGACCAGACAGGAAAGAUCAAGUCCAGGCAUUGACUUACAAAGAUCCAUUCGGUAAUGUUUACAAGAAAUAUCUGUUCACCCUUGACGGAAAAUACUUACUCGGUGGAAUGAUGAUGGGCGAUGCGGCUGACUACGUCAAACUCUUGGCUAUUAGCAAACGGCACAAGCAGCUCGAAGUUGCUCCAGGAGAAUUGAUUGUUGGAAAGCCAGGAGGCGAUGAAGGUGCCGAUGAUCUAGAUGAUGAUGCGCAGAUUUGCUCGUGCAACAACGUCACUAAAGGGGACAUUACCACGGCGAUCAAAGAGAACUCAUGCAAGAGCAUUGGCGAUGUGAAAUCAUGCACUAAAGCUGGGACAAGCUGUGGAGGCUGUCUACCACUUGUGCAAAGCAUCUUCACCAAGACCAUGAAGGACAGUGGUGAGGAGGUUCAGAACCACUUGUGUCCUCAUUUCCAGCAUUCCCGAGCCGAUAUUUUCUACAUGGCCAUGGUCAAGAAGCUCGAGUCCUUCGAGGCCAUCAUGGCCGAAUGCGGCAUACCAGGCUCGCUCGGAUGUGAGGUCUGCAAGCCGGCAAUUGGCUCAAUACUGGCGUCUCUGUUCAACAGCCAUAUUCUCGAUCCAGGCCGAAAGGGCCUCCAGGAUACCAACGACAAAUUCCUUGCAAAUAUCCAGCGUAAUGGUACCUUCUCCGUAGUCCCUCGCGUCCCCGGUGGUGAAAUUACCCCUAAGAAGCUAGCUGUUAUUGCGAGGGUCGCCGAAAAGUAUAACCUAUACUGCAAGAUUACAGGAGGGCAAAGAAUCGACAUGUUCGGUGCAAAGAAGCAAGAUCUGUUGGCUAUUUGGACCCAAUUGUCCGAAGAAGGCGGAAUGGAGAGUGGCCACGCCUAUGCUAAGGCGUUACGAACGGUGAAGAGCUGUGUAGGUACUACAUGGUGUCGCUUCGGAGUUGGCGAUUCCGUGGGCAUGGCUAUCCGGAUCGAGGAACGAUAUAAGAGUAUCCGGGCGCCACACAAAAUUAAAGGUGCCGUUUCUGGGUGCGUGCGAGAGUGCGCAGAGGCCCAAAACAAGGAUUUCGGGUUGAUCGCCACAGAAAAAGGAUAUACUAUCUUUGUGGGUGGGAAUGGCGGAGCUACACCUCGACACUCGGAGAUAUUGGCAAAAGACGUCCCUGUUGAUGACGUGCUGCCUAUUUUGGAUCGAUAUCUGUUAUUCUACAUUCGAACCGCCGACCGGCUUCAGCGGACCGCGAGAUGGAUCGAGGGGCUUCCCGGUGGUAUUAAAUACCUACGAGAGGUAAUUCUGAACGAUAAGCUCGGAAUAUGCUCAGAACUAGAACGACAAAUGGAGGAACUUGUUUCGUCCUUCUUCUGCGAAUGGACCGAGACAGUCAAGAACCCCGAACGACGGAAACAGUUCCAGCAAUUCGCCAACGUCAAUGAAACCGUUGACUGGGUGGAACCAAUGACAGAGCGUGGGCAACAGCGCCCAUCAAACUGGCCAAAGGAACCCGCCAAAAUCGACUCCACCACAACUUGGACUAGUCUGUCCUGGCAGCCGCUGGUGGAGGCAUCGAAAUUCAGCGACCUCGACACUGGCGAUAGCCAGCAAGUCAAGCGCGGAGGAACGCAGCUCGCUGUUUUCAAAAUCCGCGGGAAGUACUAUUGCACGCAACAAAUGUGUCCACACAAACGCGCGUUCGUGCUAUCCGACGGCCUCAUCGGUGAAGGCGAUGACAAACUCUGGGUUUCGUGUCCGCUCCAUAAACGCAAUUUCGAGUUGACAGGGCAGGACGCUGGAAAGUGUGGGAAUGAUGAUAUGAGCAUUUAUACUUUUGAGGUCGAGGAGAGAGGUGACGGCUGGAUAUACGCACAACUACCUUCUGUGGAGGAGCUUGAUAGCGUGCUUGGUACUGAGAAAUGGAAGGUCAGGAAUGGAGAGACGCCUGGUCAGUUCGAUGGGCUGAAUGACAAGCUUACGAAGAGAGGGGGUAGAAAAGGCGUUGUGAAAGGGAAUGAUGGCCUUGAUUGGUGA